AUGCCCAAGGACAAAUCUUCCAGUCUUUUAUCUUACUCAGAGAUACCAGAAUGGUAUCAAGAUAAUAAGUUUAUUCUCGACAGUUAUCGCCCUGUUUCGAAAUCUGGCUAUCAAUGUCUUCUAAGUUUAGUUGCGCUUCAUAAUGAGACUGUUAAUAUUUAUUCUCACCUGGUUCCAGGCACCUUUUUUCUUAUAGCUGAAAUACUUAUUUAUCAGUAUCUUUGUACACAUUACCCUGAGGCAACAGUUGCCGAUUAUCUGGUCUUUUCCUUUUUUCUUUUAACAGCAAGUUUAUGCCUACUAAUAUCAGCUACAUACCACACAUUGAUCAAUCACUCUAAGAAUAUUUCAAAUCUAUGGUUACGCCUUGAUUACAUCGGGAUUGCCAUCUUGAUACUUGGUGAUUUUAUAUCUGGCAUAUAUAUGGUGUUCUACUACGAACCUCUUUUAAGAUAUGUGUAUUGGGCUUUAAUAAUCUUUCUUGACUUAUCAAUAAUUCUGGUACUACUGUACCCAAAGUUUCAAGGUCCAUGCUGGCGUACUUUCCGUGUUGGUAUCUUUAUCAGUAUUGGUCUUUCAGCCUUUGCUCCUCUUAUACACGGUACUAUCCUUUUCGGCUUUCGUGCAAUGAUUAAACAGUCUGGAAUAAUAUACUAUCUUGCUGAAGGAUUUAUCCUACUGACAGGUGCAUUUAUUUACACAACAAAGAUUCCCGAGUCAAUAAAACCGGGGAAAUUAGAUAUAUAUGGAUCUUCCCAUCAGCUAUUCCAUAUCUUGGUGGUAUUGGCUACUGUUUUGCAUCUACUUGGAAUUUUGUCUUCGUUUCAUUAUAACUAUUGUAGAGCUUAUUGUCACUUGUGA